AUGGCGGACGCGAAGCAGCAGCCACAGCAGGCGGCGGCGGCGGCGGCCACCACCGGCGUCUGGAAGACGGUCAAGCCCUUCGUUAACGGCGGGGCGUCCGGGAUGCUCGCCACCUGCGUCAUCCAGCCUAUCGACAUGGUCAAGGUGAGGAUCCAGUUGGGUGAGGGCUCUGCUGGUCAGGUCACGAGGAACAUGCUUGCAAAUGAGGGUGUCCGCUCCUUCUACAAGGGUUUGUCUGCCGGUUUGCUAAGGCAAGCGACGUACACGACUGCUCGUCUUGGAUCCUUCAGGGUUCUAACUAACAAAGCAGUUGAAAAGAAUGAAGGGAAGCCGUUGCCUCUAAUUCAGAAAGCUUUUAUUGGCCUGACUGCUGGAGCAAUUGGUGCUUCUGUUGGUAGUCCUGCUGAUUUGGCACUCAUUAGAAUGCAAGCUGAUUCGACCCUGCCGGCUGCACAACGACGCAACUAUAAGAAUGCUUUCCAUGCACUCUACCGAAUCACUGCUGAUGAGGGAGUCCUUGCGCUUUGGAAGGGUGCGGGUCCAACUGUGGUGAGAGCUAUGGCACUCAAUAUGGGUAUGCUUGCUUCCUAUGACCAGAGUAUCGAGCUAUUUAGGGACAAACUUGGUGCAGGAGAAAUUUCUACUGUUGUUGGAGCCAGUGCUAUUUCUGGAUUCUUUGCCUCAGCAUGCAGUUUGCCCUUUGACUAUGUGAAGACACAGAUUCAGAAGAUGCAACCUGAUGCGAAUGGCAAGUACCCGUACACAGGGUCUUUGGACUGUGCCGUGAAGACCUUCAAGAGCGGUGGUCCAUUCAAGUUCUACACUGGUUUCCCAGUGUACUGUGUCAGGAUUGCACCCCAUGUCAUGAUGACCUGGAUAUUCUUGAAUCAGAUCCAGAAGCUUGAGAAGAAGAUUGGCAUAUAG